GUAGAAGAAUAGUUGAAACGAGAGAGGUUAGCUUGUGUUUUGUUUUUCUGUUGUUUUCUUUUUGGUGCGUUUUUUAACAAAUACAAAGAUAUGGAUGACGACGAUCUGACCGUCUGGUGUGGAAACCUGCCCUGCGAGAUCGACGAGGAGAUUCUGUACGAACUUUUCCUGCAGGUCGCACCGUUGAAGAAGGUACGCAUUCCCAUGCAGAACAAGACGAACAGACCGGCAAAUUUCGGUUUCGUCACCUUCAAACACCUCGAAUCGGUGCAGUACGCCAUCAAUCUGCUGCACAACACGAAACUCUUCAACACGCACAUCGUGGUGCGACAGAGGACGAAGAAUGCCCCAGCGCAGAACCCCUACGAUGGAAAUUCGUCUUACGGUGGUGAAUUCAACCACGACAACGGUGCGAUGAUGGAGACGCAGCAGAAGUUCUAUCCAUCGGAUUGGGACGAUUCUCACAAGAACAAGAGGAAUAAUAAGUACAAGAGGCACAACGAACGCAGGUCAUGGAAUGACUAUCAUGAGAACGAGGGGCAGCAUCAUGGCAGAAACACUGAUUCGUACAAGAAACAUGAUAAUUACAGGCACAAGCAUAGGUAUUCCGAUCAAAACAGCAGGAAGAGGCACCUGUAUUAAGACAUACAUUCGACAAAAAUGAACACUUGUGACUAUAUAAAUAUAAAACUGUGUACAUAUGUACAAAAUUGAUAUUGUAUUUGACUGAAAUAUAUU